AUGGUUGAAGUGACAGUUCGCGCAAUGAAGAGCGCGCUGAGCGGUGCCGUCGACACCAAAAGAUACCCUGCGCAGCACUACACUGCAGCAUUUUCAAGGACACAUCUUUCAGUAGGCUGCAAGCAGCCGGCGUAUUCACACGAUGCUAGUCCCGCUAUGACAACAUCACGCGAACCUCGUUCCAACGACACUGUUGAGUUGUUACCUUUGAAGUCGGCUUUAGUCAACAAUAAUUACAGAGAUGAAGACUCAUAUUACCCGCCGCCGAUUAACAACAACCCUUCAAGCUCAAAUCUCUACGAUUAUACAUUAUUGUCGAAGAGAACGCCGGCCUCAAAAAGACUGCUAUCUCGGAACACGCAGCCGACACCGACACCGCUGUUGACAUUAUGCGGCGCGCCGCCCCCGUCCAGGAAGCGCGAGGAGCUGGCGGCGCUCGCUAAUCUUCGGAAGAAGGUGGCACCAGCCUUGCUACAGAGCGAUAGGUAA